UAUCGCUGGCUCAAUACCGAAUCCAUGAAUCACUAUGUUUUUCAGAUUUCAUUCACCCAGAACAGCUUCCUUAUAGUGUCGAUACUCUCCGUUAAUCAUUCUUACUAUAGACAUGUAGCUUCCCUAACCCUCUUCGAGCUAGCGUUCCUGAUGGCCCGAGCGCAUAAGGCUUCCACCCCAUGGACGCAAUCCUCAGCUGUACCGUCUGUCACCCCUACAACCGCUAGCAGUUUUUCAAGUAUCUCGGAAUCGAGGUGGAAACCUUUGAAGACUUCUAACCGACGCGUCUCGCCGUGUUCCACAGACUUCGAAACCGGACGUGGGGCGCCCUUCACAAUUGGCGUUAACGGAUUUUACGAUUCGGAGCUAAACAUGCUAUAUUGACAGUUCGCAUUGCACAACUGCUUUCAACCAGCGGGGCUGCGAUCGUCUUUAUUUUGUGGUUCUGCUUAGUAGAGGAAUUCUACGACUCAACCCUUGGAUCCACUGUACCACCAAACCACGAUAUUGUCUUCUUAGCUCCGGUCACAUUGCAUAUACGAAACUAUGUCUUCUGGGUCGGCGGAUGCGACCGAGCCGGCUCCAAAGAAAACGCCUGAACAUCCAUUGAACAGGGCUUGUGAAGCAUGCAGAGUGUCCAAAGUUCGAUGUCUGCCAAACCCUAAUUCAACCUCGAAUCAAUGCCAGCGCUGUACAAGAGCAGGGCGGCUAUGCAUUUUUGCAGCACCAGCAAAGAGACGGCAAAGGAAAAGGACCGAUGUUCGGGUGGCAGAGCUUGAGAGAGAAGUUAAGCAGUUGACCUCACUCCUGAGACCGAGUUCCUCAAAGUCACCCAUCGAAGAGGAGCCAAGCGACAGUUCGAUGGACGAAGAUGAAGCCACAAUGGACCCGGAGGACAAAACACGCUUGCCAUCCGCGCAAGAACGCAGAAGUAGCCCUCAAGAUUUUGCGUCAUUCCCGACGGCGUUGCCAAUGCGUAUGCCAAAUCCUGCUACAGCACCACAGGAUGAUCUCAUGGUAUCAACAGAAAAGGAUAUCCUUGACCGCGGCGUCAUCACGAUCGAGCUGGCAGAGGAACUCCUCAACAUCUACCGAGACGAACUCAACCAACAAUUUCCCUCCGUCGUUGUUGACAAAGAGUGGACCGUGCAAGAUCUCCGAACUAAGAAACCUGCGCUUUUCCACGCCGUCAUGGCGGCUGCGUCGCAUGUCAAAGGAUCGGCUCUUUCCAACAAACUACACGAAGAAAUUAUAUAUUAUUACGCUAGAAAUGUAUUCAUCAUGGGCGAAAAAGGGCUACAAUGGGUUCAGGCGUUUUUCGUCACCAUCUCUUACUGGACGCCCCCUAGUAACCAUGCCCGAUUGCAAAUCUUCUCGUACGCAAGCAUCGCAGCCUCGAUGGCCUUGGAGAUUGGCUUGACAACCAAACCGCGAACACACGAGCAGCUACCUAAACGGGUCGUCAAAUCAUACCAGAAGAUAUCUUCUCCUGGCGAGCUCCUGGAGAAUUGCCGCACCACAUUAUCCUUGUACAUUAUGACUGCCGGGUUCAGCAUACGAUUUCGAAGGCCUUACAUUCUGAUAUACAACUCUUGGAUGGAGGAAUGCUUACAUAUACUCUCCAAGUCCCCUAGCUUCGAAGAUAGGAAGACUGUUGCCUGGUUGCGAUUGCAGCGCAUUGCCGACGAAGCGUACGUUGCGUUUGGAUUCGAUGAUGCCAGCACCAGUUUCACGCUCUCUGAAAUCCGCCUGCAGACUAUCCUGAAAAUAUUUGAGAGGAGGAUGCAGGAUUGGAAAAAAUCGGUACCGGAAGAUGUUUGGACGCCGAUUUUGAUCAUGGAAUACCAUCAGAACGUAUUGUCAAUGUGGGAAUUCGCGAUGGAUGGCGGCCGCUACGAUGCUCCGGAAUUCCGUAACCGACAUUUGACUUUACCAGCUCUUGACGAUGACGGCGCUCAGCCUGAGAAUGAUUUAGCCCGUUCAUCCCUCCAGGUCAAUGCCACCAUCAUGUGUAUAUCAUGUGCCCAAGCCGUCCUCGACACUGUAAUGGAACUACCCGCCUUAACUCUACGCAAAAUCCCAGGCGUCAUGUUUGCUCGAUGCAUCUACUCCCUGGUCGUACUGUUGCGUGCCGACUACGCUGUUGGUACCGAUGCUGAAGGCAUGGGCGAAUUCCUCGAUUCCGCCACCCUCAAAAUCGACUACUACCUCGACACCCUGAUGAGCAUGACAAAAGAAGCCAUUGGUCCUCAGAAAUGCAAGAUCCCUACCCACUGGCUCUUCGUGCUUACCGAAAAGAUCAAGAAAUGGCACGACGAACACAUGCAAUGGCGCAGAGAAGGGAAACACUUAAGCCGCAACCGCAACAAGACUUCUGCAGCUGGCGCGGCAACCGCAGACACUUCCACCUCUUCCACCACGCAAUUCACACCCCCGGAAGCAUCGUACCCCGAUGGCGGCAUCGGCGCCAUCGGCACCAUCAGAACAGCACCAUCGACAUCUACAUCUCCCCCCGCUGCUGCCGGCCCUCCAAGCUCCUCUUCCUUCCCAACUGUAGACCCAGAUCCUGCGACAAUCCAGCAACAACAGCCACACCUACGUCCCUCAUCCCAGUUCCCCCUCCCCUCCUACCCCCCUUCCUCAAACACCCCUUGGUCCUGGCAGCCCCUUUCCUUGCCCUUCCAAGGCCUCCAAAACACACAGCAACAGCCUCCUCCUCCCUCUUCCUCUACCAACUCUAAUCAAGCGAAUAACGGGUUUGCGGGUGCGCCGCCCGCCGACGAUAUGAUGGAUUUGGGACUCGCCUUCUCGCAGGGCGAUUUGUAUCUCUGGAAUGAAACGGCCGAUGCGUAUGAUGGGUGGAUGUCGCUUUCGGGUGGGAAUCUGUUUGCAGGUGGGGCUGGAGGGGGUGCCGGUGCCGGUGGUGGGUUUGAUGCGAUGGGAAUGGGUGGGUUUUAG